GAGAGAGAAGGAGAUGGUAUAGUUGGUACUGGAUAACAUCCUAUCCCGAUAUUUGACAUGUCCGUCCAUCGGGAUAUUUCGGCGAAGAUGGCGGGCAAGAAAAUGAAAGAAACAGACGGCAGGUUGACAUGACGUAUUCUAGAAUGAGGCUUGAUAGUGUUCUAGGCAGUUUCGCCACCUAUGCCCGGUUAAAGGGACGCUACGACGAUGACUGGAUAGACCGGCUGCACCAUUUGUACACCACCAUCGUACUGAUCAUCUUCACCAUUGUGGUCAGCACCAAACAGUAUGUCGGCGAACCGAUCCACUGCUGGUGCCCGGGGGAAUUCACCAAGAGCCACGUGGACUACACCAACAACGUCUGCUGGAUCUCUAACACUUACUACAUUCCGCUUUACGAAGAGAUCCCUACGAUGGACGAACCAAAGAAGCAGAAGGAAAUCGGCUACUACCAGUGGGUACCCAUGAUACUACUCUUCCAAGCGUUGCUCUUCAAGCUUCCCUGCAUCAUGUGGCGUAUUCUUAGCACCACGUCCGGAGUCAACUUGGACCGGAUCGUGACACUGGCCGCCGAGACGCAGUUCAUCGCGCCUGAGGACCGGGAACGCACCAUCAAGCACAUCGCGCGCUACAUGGAUCGCUGGCUGGAGAAUGCGCGGGAAUACCGUUCUGGAUGUUGUAUUCGCCUCCGACAGCAGCUCGCGAACUAUUGCUGUUUGCUGUGCGGGAAGCGAUACGGGAACUACCUGGUGGCCAUUUACAUGAUUAUUAAAUGCCUGUACCUGGCAAACGCGAUAGGUCAGUUGUUCAUCCUGAACGCAUUCCUGGGGACGAACUAUAACAUCUACGGCUUUGACAUCAUGAGUCAGUUGAUUCAAGGCAAUAACUGGAGUGAGUCGCCUCGAUUCCCCCGCGUCACACUCUGCGACUUCGAGAUCCGCCGGCUGGGAAACCUUAAUCGUUACACCGUGCAGUGCGUUUUGCCAAUAAAUUUGUUUAAUGAGAAAAUUUUUAUUUUCAUAUGGUUUUGGCUAGUAUUCGUCGCAGCACUUAGUGUUUUGAACUUUCUUAUCUGGAUCUACACAAUUGUUGUCAGGCCUCAGCGGAUACGGUAUCUGAAGAAAUUCCUGAAAGUCAACGAGUGUUAUAAGUCGGAACUGGACAAAAAGCUCGCGGUAAAGUUCGCGGAACAAUAUCUCCGACAAGAUGGCAUCUUCGUUCUUCGGCUUGUCGGGAAGAACGCGAACGACGUGUUGGUGUCCGAGUUAAUCUUACAGCUUUGGAAUCAAUAUCGAAACAAACCUCUGUUUCGUCACACCGGAAAUCAAAUAAAUGAUGACAAUAGUAACGUGUGACAAAUUGUGCAAAAGGGUCGCUUUGUAGACAAAAUCACUUUGGCCAGAUGCAUAAGGGAUUACUUUAAUUGUGACGGCGAUGGAGAUGUGAACCCCAAAGCGGAGAUCAUGUGAAGACCGGAAAAUAUUGUUCCUCUAGCAUGUGUGAUGUUGUCAGAGCGGAAAAUGGCGAGAACGCAGAUUUUAUUUCCACAGAUGGCCACAGGUAGGCGUGUUCACUAGCAGUAUGCGCGGGUAAGCUCUUCGGAUGAGACGAUCUCGCCAUCGUGAAGUAAAACAAUUGUCUUGAGAGAUGGCGUUACCAGAAUGUGCAGAGAGACAUUUUUCUGUUUUCAGCGUCAAACCACGAUCACCGUCCACGGGACAAUACGCGUUAAGCACUGGGGGCGCUAUCUCUCUUGGCUGAUUGAAACAGCAUUAGAACAUUUGCUAAUUUCAGAUAAAGAAAGCGUUAGAGUUUGUAAAAGGAAAAGAAAUCACAAUAAUCGACACUUUCGCCUUUCAUUAGCGAUUUAUGAAACAAAAACUCUAAAAGUUGUCGGUAAACAUUGUAAUCGUGUUCGGGUAUACCCACAUUUGCCAAAAACAGUUUUUUUUUUUACCUUUUUGCACUGCAACACUGUUGACGACAACAACAACAACAACAAUGCCACCAUUUUUGGGCACGCAUGAUAUAUCUCAGAUUCAGUUUAUGUUUAGCAGUGCCUUAGAAUUUUUUUUAUAAACAUUCACGAAAAGCAUGAAUCGGUGUACAGUAUACUGCCAAAAUCAGCAAACCAGAGAGUAGAUAAAAUCAGUGCUGGGUAUGACGUCAUCAUCGGAUGUGAUCAACAAAGCAUUAGAGUGACGUUUCCCAGACGACCCGCAUUAUUACGUCACUGUAUGGGAACCGGAAACAAAAUUAAAAGCCGUAACCAAAGAAAUUCCCGUCAGGCAUCGUUUGCAUCUUCGCUAUCAGAGAAACUGCAUCAGAGAAAGCUUUACUCGGCAAUUACGCCAAGGUGUGGGCAUGGACACUGUUCACACGGCCAGAUUCUGAGGAGAAGAGGUGCAAGGCCAAAAGAUGAAGACGGAGUGGCGCUAAGGCACAUAAAAAUACAGAUAUGACUCAUAUGCAAAUGGCAAAUAUAUAUUAUUGUGCUGUAUAAUGUACAAAAAAUAUGAGAAAAUAUGUAUCUCUGUAAAGAGAAAACAAAAAAAAAAAACGAAUGCAUCACGGCAUAUUUAGUUAGAAGCCCAGGUGCCUAGUUCACAGUGAAUAUAUUCCGCCAGGAUGAACUUGUUCCCACUAGGGAAGGUAGACUUCGGAUGGUAAGACGCUAUGGAUGGCGUAGUCACAAGCAUUGUUUAUACGAUUGUUAUGUAUACAUUUUAUGUAUCUGUA